AGGCACGUUUGUUUUUCCUGCAGUGGUGCAGCUCAAACCGAGCAGGUCGGAACCGGCCCUGUGCCAGGGAUGCAGGGCAGGGUUUGGAUGGACAUGCCAGUGGGCAGGAGUGGGUGCAGAGGGGCUCCUCAGCUCCUCCAGCCUCUGUCUGUGCCCAGCAUGGGACAGAGCAAGACCCCAGCCCCACUGUUUGCCCAGCAUGUGCCACCCUACCAGCCCAGCUGUGGCUCUGGUGAGGGGCUCCAGCUCUGUUGGGCAGGGAAAGAGGCUUCCAACUACCUGGCACUGCCAUGGCUUAGGGGAAAAAUCCCUCCCGGACGAGGCGCCUAUGCUGACCGGGUGAUUAACAGGCAUUUGCAAACGUCCAAUGCAUUUUUAAUUGCCCUCCAGUACAUGUUUGCACAAACAUUAGCCCGAGUGCGUGCCCACGGUGCUGCUCCAGCCGUGGGUGUCUUUGGUACCUUGUGGGGGCUAUGGUGGGGGGCCAUGGGAACUGGGUCUGUGGGUCAUUUCCAGGUACUCAGGGUGAUGCACAACCUGCCCUUUCCCCAGCACAGGGGAGGUGGGGGCUGCCCCAUCCCCACUGCCCACAGACCCCCUCCAUGUGGAGCGGGGCCGGGUGAGGGAUGGUGCCGCCGCAGGGAGGGAGCACACAGCCUGUCUGUCUCGGGUUUAUGAGAGCACCAAGCUGUCCCAGCAGGCGUUUUCAAUUCCGUUUAUCUGUGUUUCCCCAUUGAGUUCAUUUUAUUUCCCCUGAUUUUUGUUUCCUGGAAGAUUUAUCGAUCCUGGUGUGCUCGGUUUAUGACAGGUAGCAGGCCAUAAAGCACACGGAGCAAUGGCCCCCAACGGCCCCCUCCCUUUUGCCACCAGGACGCUGCAACAAUCCCUCUUCACCGAGACCCCCCACGACAUGACGGCGCAGGCGGGCGAGGACGUGGAGAUGGCGUGUUCCUUCCGCGGCACCGGCUCCCCCUCCUACUCCCUUGAGAUCCAGUGGUGGUACGUCCGCAACCACAAGGACUGGACGGACAAACAGACGUGGGCUUCCAGCCAGCUGAAAUCAUCACCACCAGAGGAGCCCGGGAAGGACGCGACCAAAAUCAGCGUGGUGAAGGUGGUCGGCAGCAACAUCUCCCACAAGCUGCGGCUGUCGCGGGUGAAGCUGGAGGACGAGGGGACGUACGAGUGCCGGGUGAUCGACUCCAGCGACGGCAAGGCACGGCACCACAAGGUGAAGGCGUACCUGCGGGUGGAGGCCGCGGGGGGCCCGGGGCACCCCCAGGACACCGAGCUGCGGGGGGCCCCGCUGGCAGAGCUCGCCGCGCCGGGCUCAGCCCACGCACACCACCACCACCACCACCACAAAGCCGGGAGGGAGCUGAAGAAGCGCUCGGCAGACACGUCCUGUGUGCUGUAGGCGGGCGGUGUGGGGGGACGCCGGAGCCCCCCUCCGCCCUGGACUCAGCGGAGCCAUCGACGGUCCCGCACCCCCUGCCAGAGACUGGCCCCACCGCCCCAUCUUGUUCACCACCCCCCACCACCUCCCUCUCCCACAGGCCGCCGCAGGUUUCUCCCCCCAGCCCUGUGGUGCAGCGGUGCCAGGGCUUGGUGCGGGAGCAGGACUGUGUCCGUGCCAGGGGCGCAUCGCUGGGACUGUGCCCGGGGCCAGGGUGUGUGCCCGCACGUGGUUGGUCCUCAUCCCCACGGCCUUCUGUGGGCGGGCACCCGCUGCUCGAUGCCACCGCAGUGCCGCGGGCUGUGCUGCGCCCAAGCUCUCCACCCAGUGGAGACCCCCCUGCCCACGGUACCUUCCCUGCCCUCCCUUGUGCUUCGCAGAACCAGCCGCCUUUUCCCGUAGGUUGCCCCGUUUAGUUGCUCCGUUCCAGCCCCACAGUGCUUAUCUAAGUUCCAGCCUCCAUCCUACAGCCCGCGUGUAUCGCCCUGCCCUGCCCCGCCCCUGCCUGCCCCAAAGCCCCCCAGCACGUCAAGGCCUGAGCUCAGCAGAGGAAGGACGGCAUGGCACACUCCUGGCAUGCUCCUGGCACACUCGUGAAUUGUUCAGCCAGGCAGCUGCCCGUGCUCCGUGUGUGCCCAGGGAGCUGUGCCGUCGGAGCUGGCCUCUUGCACCCAUCACUCCUCCUGCCCUUUGCAUUUGAUGGAGGAGAGGGGCUCAUCUGCCAGCCCUGCCCGUGCUCCCCCAAUCCUGCUGCCCGUGUCGGCGAGGGUCUUGGCCCCUCCUGCCAGCUGAGCAUCCCUCCCUCCCACGCCACGGCACCACGUUGCCCUGGCCAGGGUCUGGCUCACGGGCUCCUGUGUCGCAGUGCAAAUGGCAGAGCCUGUCCCCAGUGUCCCCUCGGGUGUCCACUGCCACUGGGGACAGAGCUGUGGGGAGGGACAGGGGGAUCCCGAGCCUCCCUGCCCGGGUGCCAGGCACCGCUGCCCUGCCACCCCCCGCCCGUGCCACCCAGCCUGCCGCCACCAGACCUGCUGCAGCUAAUAAAGCUCUUUAAACAAA